CAGAAAAUUAAUUGUUUUAAAACUAUACAUAUGUAGAAAUUUAAGAAUCGUCAUGUUAUAUACAAUAUCAAAAUUUAUAAAAUUUAAGAGAAUCGAUUUUUUAAAAAUAUGUUUGAUUAUAAUUUUGAGUUCAGAUUUAAAGCACGUGAAUUCUCAAGAUCAUCCAUUCAAUUUAUAUAUUGAACAACAUGACAUUUCCAUUUUAGUUAAUGAAACUCAAUCUACGAUAUUGAAAUUAGAUGGUAUAAUAGAUCGAAAUGUUAAUGUAAAACUUGUACAACAGCAUGAUAACUUAAUAGCAAUUGAUCCAGAUUCAAUUUUUAUUAAUAAAUCUCAUACAAAUGAUGAUAAAAAUAUUGCGAAUUUUAGUAUAACAGGGCUUAAUCCUGGUCAUUUAGAAGUUACAGCUACAACUGUUCCUAAUGAAACAUGGAUUGGUAGAAAUAUUUUUAUCAGAGUAACAGUGGGUUAUUCUAAUGCAAUUAUUUACAUAUCAAUUGUAUGUGGUUGGAUCUAUUUCGUUGCAUGGUCAAUAUCAUUUUAUCCCCAAAUAAUAACAAAUUAUUGUAGAAAAAGUGUGGUCGGACUAAAUUUUGAUUUUCUUUCCCUGAAUAUAGUUGGAUUUAUAUUAUACAGUGUUUUCAAUAUAGGUUUAUUUUGGAUACCAGAAAUUCAAGCUGAAUAUUUUGAACGACAUCCUAGAGGAUUAAAUCCAGUUUUAGUUAAUGAUGUAUUUUUUUCAAUACAUGCAUCAUUUGCAACUCUUUUUACUAUAGGACAAUGUUUUUUUUACGAGAGAGGCACUCAAAGAGUUUCAUGGGUGGCGAAAGGUUUAUUAGCAGCUUUCUUAUUAACUCUUAUAAUAUCUGCUAUAUUGUCAGGAACUAAAGUUCUACAUUGGUUAGACUUUUUAUAUAUAUGCAGUUAUAUUAAAUUAGCAAUUACUCUUAUAAAAUAUAUACCGCAGGCUAUCAUGAAUUUUAGAAGAAAGUCAACAGUCGGUUGGAGUAUAGGAAAUGUGUUAUUAGAUUUUACAGGCGGUAUUUUAAGUAUGCUUCAAAUGACAUUGAAUGCAUAUAAUCAUGAUGAUUGGGUUUCCAUUUUUGGUGAUCCUACAAAAUUUGGUUUAGGAUUGUUUUCUGUUUGUUUUGAUAUUUUAUUCAUCUUACAGCAUUAUGUUUUCUAUAGAGAAAGAAUACAAUCGUAUAGAAGCGUUGAAGAUCAAAACCAAAUUGAUAACGAAGUCUUAAAUGAUUCCUAUGAAGAACCUGUGCUCGAAAAUAGCAAUUAAUCUCAUUCCAAAGUUUAAAAUAUAAAUUGUAUUUUUUAUGUAGCAAAUAUUUUAAUAAUAAUAAGAAUAAAAUUUGUACAAUUGUAUAUGCA